AGCUAAACAUUUUCGAAUCAACAGUAUCAGUUGUUCAACAAAUCAACCGAAAUCAACAUGAAGCUGUUCAUCGUCGCCAUCCUCAUCGUCGCUGCUGCUGCAGCUCCUUCCAACUACCCCUCGUACGAAAAGGAGUACGAGAAGGACUACAAAUACCCCGAGAUCACCAUCACCAGCCAAUCUGAUGAGCGCAACCUCGAUGGCAGCAGCCAAUGGAGCUACGCCCAGUCUGACUACACCACCCGCGAGGAAGCCCAAGAGCAGAAGAAAUUUACCGUCACCACCGUCGAUGAUUACGGCAAGGAAUACACCAAGGAAGUUAUGGGUAACACCAACAAGGGAUCUUCCUACUGGGUUUCUCCUGAAGGCGAGAAAUUCACUUUGACCUGGGUUGCCGAUGAUGCCGGAUUCCAGCCAAAGGGUGACCACUUGCCCGUCGCUCCCGUCCAUGUCUACGAGCUCCCAGUUGCCCCAGUCCAUGAAUACGAACUCCCAGUUGCUCCCGUCCACGAAUACGAACUCCCCGUUGCCCCCGCUCUCCCCUACAGACGCACCGGAGCCGGAUAUUAAUUUAUUAAAUUAUCGAUCGUUGGAGUUAUUGAAUAAAUAAAGAGAAAAGAAUCA